AUGCCACACCUGCCCACCAACCUGCCCACCUACCUGCCAACAGACCUGCCCACCUACCUGCCCACCUACCUGCCAACAGACCUGCCCACCUACCUGCCAACAGACCUGCCCACCUACCUGCCCACCUACCUGCCAACAUACCUGCCCACCUACCUGCCCACCUACCUGCCAACAGACCUGCCCACCUACCUGCCCACCUACCUGCCAACAGACCUGCCCACCUACCUGCCAACAGACCUGCCCACCUACCUGCCAACAGACCUGCCCACCUACCUGCCCACCUACCUGCCAACCUACCUGCCCACCUACCUGCCCACCAAUCUGCCCACCUACCUGCCAACAGACCUGCCCACCUACCUGCCCACCUACCUGCCAACAGACCUGCCCACCUACCUGCCCACCAACCUGCCCACCUACCUGCCAACAGACCUGCCCACCUACCUGCCCACCUACCUGCCAACAGACCUGCCCACCUACCUGCCCACCAACCUGCCCACCUACCUGCCAACAGACCUGCCCACCUACCUGCCCACCUACCUGCCAACAGACCUGCCCACCUACCUGCCCACCAACCUGCCCACCUACCUGCCAACAGACCUGCCCACCUACCUGCCAACAGACCUGCCCACCUACCUGCCAACAGACCUAACAACAGACCUAACAACAGACCUGCCCACCUACCUGCCCACCUACUAA